AUGCAUCGAAGAACCGGCCGCUCGAAAUCAAAGAAUGGCUGCAUCACCUGCAAAAUGCGCCAUCUGCGGUGCGGUGAAGAAAAGCCCCAUUGCAUACAAUGCACCAAGACGGGGCGUAAAUGUGAUGGUUACAGCACCCAGUCCCAAAAGGAACUUCGGCAGAGAGUCGCCGGCCCCGACUUUACGUGGCCAACCCUCAGCCCUGAUAACCAACUAGUGCUUGUCCCUGGUUCACGGGAAGAGAGGAAGUAUGUCCACACAUUCUGCACACAGACCUCUCCAGCCCUUUCGGGGUUCUUUACUUCUGAAGUAUGGAGCCGGUUCCUUCCACAGCUCAGUCAUCGAGAGCCGACUGUCCGGCAUGCCGUUGCAGCUGUUAGCGCGAUGUAUGAGCAACACCAUCGAUCUAACGGUGCUCAAGACGACGCUGAUGACUUUGCGCUUCAGCAAUAUACCAAGGCUAUUAGCCAGUUCCGAGAGAAGUUGGCGAAUCCUGAAAACUCCGACUAUGACUCGCUACUUGUCACCUGUCUGUUGUUUGUGUGCUUGGAAAUGCUCAGGUCAAGUCCAUCGAGUGUUUUAGAUCACAUUCAGGGUGGGAUGCAAAUACUUUUUCGACAGCAGAAAGAGAAGGCCAGACAAUCAAACAAAGACCCCAUCGACCAGGAACUAUGUCAGUCGUUUCACCGCUUGAGCAUUCAGCUCCCUCUUUUCGGUCGACCUUUGAUACCCUUCCAUGUCCAAACCGAAACAGAAUUAUUCGCGAACCACAUUCCUGUCUUGGACAAUAUUUCUGAAGCCCGAGACUCUAUGACAAUUCUUAUGAAUCGGGGCCUAGGAUUGAUCCGACCCAUCGGUAUCGACAGGAUUGCCCCAUCCGACGAAGUCAACCAGCAACAAUUGCACGAGCAGCGUAUUCUGAUCCAGGCAUUCUCCAACUGGAAUACAGCAUUUACAGCGAUGAUGCAAAAGCCAGCCAAAAGCGUCGGAAUUUCCGAUCCUCGUGCGCCCUUGGCCCUCCAAAUCAACCACAAUACCUCGGUCAUAUGGAUUCUCAGUUGCUUAGCACGAAAUGAGACCGUCUACGACCAGCAUUUCGCAUCCUUCGAAGCCAGCGUGACCGCCGGAGAGAAGAUUCUCGCCCUGAGUGUGCCGCAAGCCAAGCAAGCGACCGCUGAGAUAUUCUCUCUAGAUGCUUCCGUCAUCCCAGCAAUAUACUGGACCGCAAUGAGAUGCCGAGAACCAACCAUUCGACGCCGGGCAAUUGCAAUCAUAUCAAAUUACCCCACCAAAGAAGGACUCUGGGGCCAAGGAGAGCGCCAGCAUGCCAUUUCACAACUAAUACUAGAGAUAGAGGAGGAAUCCUAUCUCCAUCUUCCCGUAGAAGAAAGGAUCCCCCUUGAUUCCCAGCGGGUGUAUGAAGCUCUGAUAUUUCCGGAGAAAGGAACCUACCUGGACCCAUGUCCAGUCACAAUAAUGAUGAAGCCCCAGGGACUGCAUGGACCGUGGGAUACCCGUAUUGAAUGUGUGCAGCUGCCAAAGCUGAACUAG